CUAAAAACAAACUCCCCCAUUUGAGAAAUUAGGCCACCAAAAUGCCUAUAAAUUCAUCAUCAUUUUGACAUUCCAUCAAAAUAUAAAGAUAAAACAUUCCACCACACUAACAUCCAGAAAUCGCCAAAAAUGGCUUCAAAUAGAGCUAAUGUUGUGAUUAUGGUUAUGUUGAUGGUGGUGCUAUGUGAUGGAGCCACGAUUGAGUCAUCGAAGUGCAGAAGUGCAAUAGUGAGCUUGAGCCCAUGCCUCAACUAUGUGAGUGGGAACUCAUCGAGCCCAUCACAUCCUUGUUGCUCGCAACUAGCCAAUGUGGUCAGGUCAGAGCCACGGUGUCUUUGUGUUUUGGUCAGUGGUGAUCACUCAUCCGCAAGUUUAAAUAUUAAUGAAACUAUCGCUUUGGGACUACCUAAAGCUUGUGAUGUCCAUACACCUCCGGUUAGCCGUUGUGAUGAUAUACUUGAACUUGUUAUCUUUUGCCUGCAAAUCCUUCCAUUUGGAGCUGAGUUGGUGCAUAUUAAGAUCACUACAACACAUUCGCAACUUGAAAUCCUCCACCUAGUGACUCUCAAAAUGCAUCGGAUCAAUGAUGAUUGCCUUUUCAUAGUCCACCAAAGUGUUGAUAAAUGCUUUGGCUAA